AUGGAUCAUACUUGUGGUGCAGAGCAAUAAGCUCCAGUCUCAUUCUGUCCCCAAUUUGUUGGGUGAUUAUGAAACCCCCAGUGAAUAGCAAAUUUUUAUGUGAUCAGGCGCGAGAUCAGUCCUUCUUUUAAUGUGAUCUUUUUAUGUCAUGGAUGAGAGCUAGCAAUUAUGUUUUCAUGACAAUUGCUUGGAAACAUGAGAGUCUUGCCUAUCUCUUAUUGUAAACACAAGCCACUAUAUAUUUACCACAAGCACAACCUAACAUCAGGAGUGUGUUUGCAAGUUUACUCAACAUGAAGUUGUUUCUGAUUGUCUCUUGCUUGUUCAGCACUAUCUGUGCCCAACACGCCGGUACCAAUAUCCCGGAAGCAGCCCCCCAAAUCACCAUUGAAAAGUGUUCCUCAGGUGGAUCUUGCCAACAAGAGGUUUCUUUCAUUACUUUGGACUCCAAUUGGAGAUGGAUCCAUCAUGUGGAUGACUCCGUCAAUUGUUUUACUGUUAACGAGUGGGAUCAACAGUUCUGCCCAGAUGUCUCCACUUGUACCUCUGAAUGUGCUUUGGACGGUGUGGAUCAAGCCAACUGGAGCGCUACCUUUGGUAUUCAAACAAGCGGCAGUGAACUGAGCCUGAAGUUCAUUACUGAAGGACCAUUCUUUGAGAAUGAGGGAUCCCGUGUCUUUCUCUUGGAGUCAGAGACUAAGUAUAAGAUGUUCAGCCUCUUGAAUAAGGAGUUCACCUUUGAUGUCGAUGCCUCGCAAUUGGAUUGCGGUCUGAAUGGUGCCCUCUACUUUGUGGAGAUGGAACAAGACGGUGGUCUAAGCAAGUACCCCACCAAUGAGGCAGGCGCCAAGUUCGGAACUGGUUACUGCGAUGCCCAAUGUCCUCAUGACAUGAAGUGGAUCAAUGGGGAGGCCAAUGUGCAAGAUUGGGUGCCUGCCGAAAAUGGCGAGCCCGGCGGAAAUGGCCAUUUUGGAUCUUGUUGUAUGGAGAUGGAAUUGUGGCAAGCCAACCGAAAGAGCCAGACCUACAUCGCCCAUGCAUGUGAGGUGAAUGAGCCCACCCGAUGUGAGGGCCAGGAUUGUGGAGACGACGCCUCUGGGGACCGAUACAAUGGCGUGUGCGACAAGGAUGGUUGCGACUUUGCCUCUUACCGUAUGGGCGAUACCUCAUUCUUUGGCGAGGGAUCCAGCUUUCAGGUGGACAGCUCCAAGCCUGUGACAGUGGUCACCCAAUUCAUCACCGAUAACGGCUCUGAUGAGGGAGACCUGGUUGAGAUCCGCCGGAAGUAUGUUCAAAACGGACAGGUGAUCGAGAACUCCAAGGUCAACUUUGACGGUGUGUCCGACUACGACUCCAUCACCGAUGACUUCUGUACUGACAUCAAAGAUCUCUUUGGUGAUGUAAAUGAUCAUCAAAAGAAGGGUGGUCUUAAGGCCAUGGGCGAGGCUCUGAAGCGCGGCAUGGUCCUGGUAAUGUCUAUGCGGGACGAUCAUGAGUCCUACAUGUUGUGGUUGGACUCGAACUACCCUGAGGACGGCAGUGGGCCCGGAGUUGAGCGUGGACCCUGACCCACUUCAUCGGGACGUCCUGAAGAUGUGGAAACCAACCAAGCUGACGCCACGGUCAAGUUCAGUAACAUUCGAUAUGGUGACAUUGACUCGACAUAUUAAAUUGGUACAUGUAAAUCACAAUGAAAAUAAAUUAAAUGUUUUACAAUUUUGUUG